AUGUCCAACUGUAACACUGUAACCGAGUUCCUCCUCCUGGGGUUCUCUGACACUCGGGAGCUGCAGGUCUUACACUUUGUCAUCUUUCUAGCAGUAUACCUAGCAGCCCUGGUGGGGAACCUCCUUGUUAUCACUGUUGUAACAAUGUACCACAACCUCCACAGACCCAUGUACUACUUCUUGGUGAAUUUGUCCAUCCUUGACCUUGGAUCCAUCUCUGUUAUCAUCCCCAAGUCCAUGACCAAUUCUCUCUUAAACACCAGGACAAUCUCCUAUUCUGGAUGUGUGACCCAGGUCUUCUUCUUCUCACUCUUUUGUAUAGCUGAUCCUGCCUUCCUCAGCAUCAUGGCAUAUGACCGGUAUGUUGCAAUCUGCAAGCCACUGCAUUAUGAGACGAUAAUGAAUAAGAGAGCUUGUAUUCAAAUGGCUGCUGGUGCAUGGGUCAGUGCUAUUCUCUAUUCUACACUGCAUACUGGGGUCACUUUCAACGUACCCUUCUGCCAUUCCAACACAAUCAACCAGUUUUUCUGUGAAAUCCCCCAGCUCCUCAAACUAUCCUGCUCUGAUGCAUAUUUCACAGAACUGGGGAUUCUUGUAUUUAGUACAUGUUUAAUAUCAAGCUGCUUUGCUUUCAUAAUUGUAUCAUAUGUUCAGAUCUUGCCUACAGUGCUAAGAAUACCCUCUAAAGAGAGUCGGAAUAAAGCCUUCUCUACCUGCCUUCCUCACAUCAUUGUGGUCUCCAUGUUUGUGAGCACUGGGAUCUUUGCCUACAUGAAGCCCACUUCAGGUUCCCCCUCAGUAAUGGAUCUUUUUGUUACUGUUUUGUAUUCUGUGGGCUCUCAGAAAGCCUUCCCCACCACCAUUCCUCACCUUAUUGUGGUCUCCCUGUUUCUUUCCACUGCCCUCAUUCCCUACAUGAAGCCCAUCUCUGACUCCCCAUCCCCUCUGGAUAUCCUGGCAACUGCCUCCAUUGAUGAAUCUAGUCAUCUACAGCAAGAGGAAAAAGGAGAUCCAAGCCGCCUUGAGGUGUCUCACACCGACUAG